AUGUCCUUGAUCAUCACUCUCAAAGUGCGUCAUCCUCUCGUUAUUCCUCCACCGUCUGACGAUCCGUGUCUGGAAAGCAUCACAGUGCGGCCGGCACCUCAUCGACCAGCUGAGAGUCCACCUACGAUGGAUACCGAGACCUCAUCCGGUGGUGCAGCCUCGGCCGGAGAUGCAACCUCUUCUUGCCCUGUCGCCUAUCUCGGCGACCCAGUCUCUCCUGGUGACGCAGUCUUUCCCGGUGAUAAGGCUAAGACUGAACCCCAAACCCCAUCCAAACGCCCCCCUCAUGUUCUCGUACCCGACGUCUUCCUCUACCUUCGAGCAAUUUGCCGCAAAUGGGACGUCAAGAAUCUUCAAGAACUCUUCACCAUCCCCCAGGGGGACCCAUAUUUUCAUGACUACCUCCCUGAGAGGCUUCGUCCCACAAGUCUCACCCGCGAGUACUUGAAAAAGCUUCGCUACAUUUCUGAACACUGCGACCGUGAUGAGGCUCGCUUGAGAAUCGCCUCUACCUCCAUGAACCAGCCCGAGCAUUUACACGGAUUCGUUCGCCCGUGUGUUCUCGACUGGGUCAUUGCCAGCUUGAAAACAGAUAAAGGUCUGGUCAAUUCGGACCAGCAGCCCACGAUGCCUGGCAAGAGAAAGACGCAGAAGAAGCAGAAGAAGAAGGAGAUAAAGAAGAAGGAGGAGCAGAAGGAGAAGGAGCAGGAGCGGGAGAUGGAGAUGGAGAAGGAGAAGGAGAUGGAACAUGCCGCGGCACCUGGGCAGAUCAUCUGCCUUUCAGACUCCGCCAAGGAGUCGACUUCUCCAUCUUCGGCUCCUGCUGGUGCCAACGUCGAGCCACCGUCCGAGAUGAGUAUCUCUCAGAAUCAGAACGUGGACCAGCAGCCUGAGCCCUACAUCACCCCGGCCCAACAGCCUCGUGAGGGCAUAUGGAAUAUCCCCACGAACCAACAGCUUCCAGGCCAAACGUCUCAGGGCCAGAUGCCUCCAAUCCAGGUGCCUGCAGGAUACCUGCCCCCAGGCUACCUGCCCGAAACCUACCUGCCUCCCGGCUUUGCUGCCUUCCACAACUCCAGGCACGUGUCUCCCAACCCACAUCCAGACGCGCUGUUGACGGAACCCUUUGUGCACCGACCCAUUCCGUAUACACAACCUCCUCCAUCUGGGACUGUACAGAUCGCUCCUAUGCCUAGAGCUCUUAUGUCGACAGAUCAUGCGCCUGGAGCCCCUAUGCCUGGAGCUCAUUCGCAGGAAGUUUCUAUGCCUGGAGUUUCUGUGCCUGGACCUUCUAUGCGUAGAGCUCAAGUGCCUGGAGCUCCCAUGUCUAGACAGGUCAACAUUGUCCAAGCCGACGAGAGGGAGAUUAAAGCCAUGGAGGAUGAAAAGGCCCGCCUCCUAUCCUUGAUCAACUUCAGAGAGGAGCGCAUGCGCAUCAUCUCCCUGUACGGAGAGCGCAUAGACGUCGACCCGCCGCCAUCACUCGAGGACAAGGUCAAGGCCGCGUACGCAAUGCUCAAGGCUCUAGACGCGCUCGUGCCGCCGCCGAACCUGAGGAGCAUCAUCACCACCAAGGAGGGCGCAUGGGGCCAGGCGGUCAUCCAGCCGCAGCUGAACAGGCUUCGCAAGUUUGUCGAGGACCCGGAACCGGACGAGAAGAACCCCUUUGACUCGCGCGUGAGCUUCCUCUCUGAGGCCCACAUGAAGACGGAGAUGGUCACGCAGCAUUGCGAGACUGACCCUUUGCUGGCUGAGAUGAGGAAACUUGUCCGGAAGGCUCGGAUGGUCGGUUAUCAGAUGAGUAUGUGA